AUGCUGCCCAAGUUUGAAGACGCGGUUGCCAGCCCGGCCGGCGAGGCGGGGCCGCGACUAGGACCGCGGCUGUCGGCGUGGUGGUCGCACACGAGCAACGCCGACGAGGCGGCGAAGCGGGUGGCGGACGAGAUCCGGUCCGGCCUGCAGCCGUGGGAGGAGCGAGGCCGGUGGGACGCUAUGCUUUACGCGGGCGCUCGUGACGUCGCCCCAGCCACCCUCUUCGACAAGAUCCUCUCCAAGGAGAUACCGAGCGAGGUCGUCUUCGAGGACGCGCUCUGCCUCGCCUUCCGGGACAUCAACCCCGUGGCCCCGGCGCACAUCCUCAUCAUACCAAAGCACCGAGACGGACUCACCGGCCUGGGCGCCGCGACUGCCGAGCACUCGGCGAUUCUCGGCCACCUGAUGGUUGCUGCUGCAGCCAUCGCCAAGCAGGAGGGCCUCAGCGAGUUCCGCCUCGUCACGAACAACGGAGAGGGCGCAGGCCAGUCGGUCUUCCACCUGCACCUGCACCUCAUUGGCGGCAGGCCGCUGGAAUGGCCGCCAGGGUGA